UAAGAAAAUGGAGGCAUUUCAACAAAAAUUUUUCGAGUCUAUUGACAAAAAGGAAACGAUCUCAAAAUCGAUUGCUUUUCUACAGCAAAAACAACUGUUUGAUCCGCUGAUAGAGGCGAUCAGGAACACCUCAAUGAGCUGCUUUAACUCUAUAUACCAGGAAGAAGUCAAGAAUGUGGGUCAAAACCUUGAUUCUCUAGACGAAGACAUCGAUCAUAGUUGGUCAAAGAGAAUCACCCUGUUCUCGAAUAAUCUGGUCGGCAUUCUUGAAACAAUAGUUGAAAACUCCAGAACAGAAUUCUUUAAUCGUAAAUAAGCUUAAAGAGAAACCAAGAGUUUACCAGACUUAUGACAAUGGCCCACGAGAGGUAAUUGAUGGUGGAAGUUUUGGAAAGCCUAGUAAUUUCAUAAUUGAAAGUUCGAAGAAAAAGUCUUGAUCCCCAUUGUACAACUUCCAGACAGGCCCAGUGAAUUCCUCAUUGGAGGAUUCAAAGGGAUCUAGAAAUUUGGCAACUGAGAUUUCUCUAAAGGCUUAUCCUUCUUCUACCAAAAAGUUACACAUGAGACAUGGGUCGAUUAACAGUUACAUAAGUAAUUCGCCUUCAAGCUUUGGAAAAUCUACUGAGAAAAACUCCAGAAAUUUCAUGACACAGCCAAAAAAUAUAAUGAAGACCUUGUCCAAGGAGAGAAAGUCAAGACCUCAAAGUAAGAAUAGGGUCAAAAAGUACUACGAGAGAGCAACCAAGCUCUCCCCAAGAAAUUGGAUCAAGAAGAAUAGUGAAGCAGGUCUGAGCAUCAAACCUGGCUCAGGCAAGGUCAAGCAGAAGUUAGUCACCUCUAGAUGAGAGAGGAAAAAGGGAAUUGAAAGUAUUGCAUCCCGGUUGUCUCUUGUAUCGUCAGCUAAGAGGCUUAAGAAUUCCUAA